UAAACUUUGGCGGAAAAAAAGCUGAUCUUACAUCUCUAAGCUAAACGAUCUGGCAGCACAACGGCACGCCAAUACCACAUCUCUGAACCGAGCGAACAUUAACAAAACAAAUUCCGAGUCGGACGGUUAUCAAGCGCGCUGCUCGUGUUUCUUGCUGCUCGUCAAGAUAUUCCGGAACCGAACAGUUCGGCGACGGCGCGAACUUAAUAAUACAAAAUACUACAUAUAUUUUUUUCUGAACCAAAAAAUCGGAUUAUUCAGUGAUCAAACCAACGUUAAUUAGUUUCAAUUAGGCGAAAAUAAGAAAAAAUAAAAAGGAGUCCAAACGUUUACAACAGCAACAAGAAAUGGAAAGAAGAGGCAGAAACUGUGAGCAGUGAUCGUUUGCUUGUAUUCAUCUCUCUCUCUCUAUAUAAAUAUAUCAGUGUGUGUGCUUGUGUGCUGGAAUGGAAUGCAGUUACGAAAAAAAUAAAUAAAUAAUUGAGAGCGCGCCCGCGCUCUCCCGCUCUCUCUCUAUCUUCACCUUGCGCGCGUGUGUGAGUGUGUCUGUUCCGUGUGUGCCAGUGUGUGUGUGUGUCUCCAUUAUCGCCGGAGUAAAAGAAACGGAAUGAAAUGUCUUUGCUAAUGUAAACAGCGCAAAGAGAAACCCCACGAAAAAUAAAGCAAGAAGUAGAUAGCAAAAAAAAAAAAGAAAGAAAAGCGCGCUUCGGGUGAAAUAUAAAACAAAAGUUUCUCAGACUCCCAAAAGCAAAUACACAGCGAGAAAAAUAUAUAUUGUAAAAAUGCCGAAUUUACAACAAACCGCUUCGCAAUCGCAACAUCAUUUGCAUCCCCACCACCUGCGACCCCAACAACAACAACAGCAGCAGCAUCAGCAGCAACAACAACAGCAACACCAUCAUCAUCAUCAUCAUCAUCAUCAGCAACACCACAGCGAUUUUCCACUUCCCGAUGGUUGGGAUAUUGCCAAGGAUUUCGAUGGCAAGACAUACUACAUUGACCACAUCAACAAGAAGACCACCUGGUUGGAUCCCAGAGAUUGCUUCACAAAGCCACAGACUUUCGAGGAUUGUGUGGGCGAUGAGUUGCCUAUGGGCUGGGAGGAAUCCUAUGAUCCAAAUAUUGGACCCUACUAUAUCAAUCAUCUGGCGCAGAGUACACAGCUAGAGGAUCCCCGCCAGGAGUGGAAGAGUGUCCAGAAGCAGAUGCUGCUUGAUUAUCUAUCAGCGGCUGAGGAUCAGCUGGAGAACAAACGAGAGAUGUAUGAUGUCAAGAAGCAGCGACUUCUCUGGGCCCAGGAGGAGUAUAACCAUCUGAUACUGGCAGCCAGUCGAAGCAGUCUGUGCUCUUCCUCCAGCUCAAUGAGCCGACAUGAUCCGGAACUUCUAAGGGCCGAACUCAUGCUAGCUCGGAAGCGUGUCCACCAGCUAAAACAGGAGCUGACCCACAUUACCGAUGAUAUAUCCUACACGGAACGCGGCAUGAACACCCUGCAUUCCGUGGGCGAGAAGAUCGAUGCCCGAGAGAAUGGAUGCUAUGAUAUUGCCGAGGUUCAGGCAAUACGCGAGGAGAUGCUCAAGGUGCACAAGUCACUAGUGUCUGGCGAAAAGGUGCGCGAAGAACUGAUGCGCAGUCUGGUGCAGAUCAAGAACGAGCUAAGCCGCCAGCAGAUCAGCGAGGAGAACUCCGACUUGGCCUCGCCCUUCGAUCGGGUGUGUGUGGCCAGUCAAACGGAUUUGUGCGGAUCAUCGGGUGACAAUCUGAAUGGAGGAGCACGUUUUGCGGAAAUGGCCAAGACAAAGUUGCAGUAUGCCGAGUGGCGAAAGCACAUCAAGAAGCUGCAGCAACAGCUGGCCGAUCAUGUGGAGCGCAUUGAGCCAGGUCAACUGGAGUCGGACAAGGAUCGCAUUCUGCUCAUCCAGGAGAAGGAGAAGCUGCUGAACGAUCUGAACAGCAUUUCGUUGAAGUCACGCAGCGAGGAGGAGAAACGGGUGAUUCACCAAACACGCCACAAAUUGGAGGAGGACUUGAAGGAAGCCUAUGAAGCAAACAACACAUGUGUGGCCAAUCGAUUGCGUUUCCACGAGGAGAAGCAGCUCCUGCUGGACAAACUGCAGGAGGCCUUGAAGUCCACCAAAUUGCUGGAGGAGCGUCUCAAGUCCUUCUCCUCGGAGAGCACCUUCUCCAUUAGCAGUGGCAGCAGUCUGGGCUCCUUGUCCACGGCCAGCAGUAAGAGUGCCUUGAGCUUCACCGACAUAUACAAUGAUCCCUUUGCUGUGGACUCACCCAUUGAUGUGGUGGAUCUUAGACGUCGCUCGCAGAAAUUGUUCCAACAGCGUCUGCAUCCUGUUCAUCCUGUCCUUCAGCAACAGCAGCAGCAGCAGCAGCAAUCCUCGGAGGUAACGCUAUCGCCUAGAAGCAGCCUUUCCAUGGAAACGCCUCCUGCUUCCCCAAUGAAGUAUAACCCGGGAGCGGAUCAGACGCCACAGGGCCUCAAGGAGGAGCCCACCUAUGCCAAUGCUCUGCCUGCCCCUCCUGCCUAUACAGCUCCGCCAAUAGGUCCGAUUUCCGGUGUAAGACCACGUCCCUACGACCUGGACUCCACUGUGCUCGACUGCAUGAUGCUGGAGGCCAAGCUGCAGAAGCUAAACAUGGGUACACCACUCAACCUGGCUGCUGCUCCACUCUCUCCAAUUUCGGAAAAGCCAUCGCUGCUGGAUCUGCCGCAGGAAAUGCUCAGCCGUUCCUCCUCCACCUCUAACACGAGAUCCGUUUCGGCUGCGGUCAGUAAUGAAUCUGUGGCCGGAGAUUCCGGCGUCUUUGAGGCAUCGCGUGCUCAUCUGCCGCGCAAGGAGCUUGCACAAGUCCAGAUUGGCCUGAAGUAUCUGAAACAGGAAGGCGUUCUCGUUGUAUCCCUGGAGCGGGCCAAUAACUUGCUGGCCCUUUGGACUGCCUCGGCGGACAACUCACAGGUAUAUCUACGUGCUGCGUUGCUGCCGAAUUCGCUGACCUCCAUUAGGACCAAGGCAUUGGGCGAUUUCCAGAAGCCUGUCUUCAACGAUACAUUCGCCGUGCCCAUCACGCUGGACAAGCUGCUGACCAAGAGCCUGCAGGUGACCGUGGUUACGAUGACAGGGCAAAAGGAGGAGAUUAUUGGCACUGUGCAGAUCAGCAUGGCUGAGUUCAACCCAGAAGAUUCCACACUGAAGUGGUACAACGUGCUAAGCUCAAAGUUCAUUCCCAGCUUUGAAUCCCUGGACAUUCCCUCGACCAGUGCCGCAGCAGCGGCAGCAGCCGUAGCAGCCAACAAUGCACCAGCCAGUGGCAAUAAUCGAGAGGAGUCUUCGGACGAGUCUACCAUUACAUCUUCCCAGACAUCCACGCUCACUAGGAAUCAGGCUCCAUGCAUGGAACUGCAAGAGCAAAUCGCUGCCGAGUUGCUGGAGUUGGGACCGCUCAAUGAGCCGGUGUGCAGCGACGACGAUGAUGAUGAAGAAGAGGAGGAGUUGGAUGACAAGCAGCUCAUCAGCGAUGUUGGCCUAAAGAAUCCAAGUGGCAUGUUGGAUGCCUACCUGCAGAUAAUGAAGCAGGAGUUUGCCGACAAGGAGACCAACACCGAUCGCGCCUUUCUGCCGGAGAAAUCUCGCGGUCAAUCCCAGCUGAUGGACGACAGGCCAGUGAAGCGUUCCCAGACCUUCACGCCUUCGGCGGCUGUUAGCAAGAAUCGCUAUAACUGCCGACUAAAUCGCAGCGACUCCGACUCUGCAAUGCACUGCGGCGUUGCGCCUCACACCUUCCAACGAGGUGCCGCCGAGCGACGAUCACUGCGCUUCCACACCAAGGCGCCCAAGUCAGUCACAAAACUGCAUCAUACUCACAUACCCCGCACCAGUUUGGACUUGGAGCUGGAUCUACAGGCCCAGCACAGCAAGCUGUACUUCCUCAAUGAUCAAAUCGCCAAGCUGCAGAACCUCAAAGAAGUUUUGCAGAAGGCCUGCGAAAACAAGGAUCCCUUGGUGGCCGCCUGGGCCAUUGAGAACGAGGAGUUCCAGCGCCUGGUGGCUCGUGCCGAUCCUGCCAAAUGCCCCGAGGAGCGUCAACUGCAGAAGCUGCUGAUGAAGACCGCCAAAGAGAUCCACAAGCUGCGGAAGACCAAGGUGCCCAAGGGCUGUCCCGAUUUGGUGUCUUUCAAGGAGAAGAUAACUUUCUUCACACGCAAGGGACUGUCGGUGCCCGAGCUGCCCAGUGAAUUUACCUUGCCGGAAGCCAAUCCCAUCGAAGAGGAAGAGGAGGAGGAGGAGGAAGAGGACGAGGAUGAGUUCUACAAUUCACCUGAGACGGCCAUUGCCAUCAACACGGCGCUGGUGGCCAGCAGCAACCGAAACAAGAAUCUCAGUGAUCACCUCCAUAGAGCCGGCAGCUGGGCAGUGCCUAAGGUACCACCAACACCAGCUGCUUCAACUCCUACUACUGCUACUCCUGCUGCUACUUCUGCUGCUACUCCAGCUAUUACCCCUGUAGUUACUCCUGCUGCCAAUGCUGAGGCUAAACCAACAGCCACCACAGCUCCAGUCGCAUCCGAAGAUGCCGAGCAGCAGCGCUUCGACUACGUGGUGGAUCGCAACUACGGCGUGGAGGUGUAGCCCCUUCCACAACUCCCCAUCUUCGCUGUACAUUUUUGUAAUUAAUGUAGUAUUUAUUUUCACUAAGCAACAAGUAUUUAUGUGUAUAAAAAAACGAAAAACAACUGAUGUAACAAAUAUCUGUGCCUUAUAGAGAACGCGUCGAAGAACGACGAAUAUGAUGAACCAUGCUAGAAAUGAUAAUUCUACGCAUAGCUAUGCAUUAGACCUAAGCACUAAAUUGUAAUUAGAUUAGCCAAGCAGCCUAGCCCUAACUACACCGAUAGUCAGUUGUACAAAUUGACCCCCACUGAUGACCAUAUAAGAGCAACUAAGAGAUACAAACCACCAAACCGCCCUUCUUCCCCACCCCCAAAAAAAAAACAAGGAAAAUCAAACCAUAACGCGCACAUUGUGCGUUCAAUGCCUUCAAAUUCAUAUUGAAACCAACUGUAUUCUUAAGACUUGAGCAAAAUUAUACGAAUGUUUAUGAAUAUUUUUUAUACGCAUCUAGUUAGUAAUAGUUAUACCGCUUUGAUUACCCCAAGCCACACACACAUACAUAUAUACCCAUAUAUAUAUAUAUAUAAAGAAAACGUGAAAUAUUUAUUAUAUUGAUGGAGAUCGAUCGAUGUAACGCCUCGAAAUCCAAUCGUUUAGGUUAGUUAGCUUGCGUUUUUGUUAAGCUCAAAACGAAUUCUUAUAUUGUAAUUUUUUUUAUAAAAAAAUCCUAUACAAAAAAAAAAACAAGCAAACCACACACAAAAAAAGUGAAUGUACCAUAUUAGAUAAUCGUCACUAUGUUAACUAUAAGAGCGCCCUUAACCCCCCCUGACAAUGCCACACCAUCAUUGAAAAGCGCAAAAUGAAAUUGAGAAAUGAAAUGAAAACCUUGUUAUGCUUUCCGAAGCAAACCUGUUAAAAACUGUUGACUUUGAAACUUUGCAGUGGCGCACUGAGUUCGUAUGAAAUGAAAUGAAAUUACCCACAGCUCUAGUUUAGUUUAGGUUUUCCAGGCUCUGUGCAAACUUUGCUGUUGUUUAUGUUUUUCACUAACCAUUGCCCACACGAUCCCAGCCCCAGGUCCCCAAAUACCCCCAAAAAAUGUAGCUAGUAGUAUGAGUAAAACUGAAAUGAAUGAGAUCCCCACACACACACAUAUUUUUCUAUGCCGUAGUAAUUUUAUUUGUAAUAAAUUAUAUGAAAGUGAACCUGUAUAUUGUAAUUGUGCAAUAAACAAACAAAAAAAUACUGACAUAACUGAA